AUGAGCUCGGGCGACGAUUUCGAUCUGUCGGAUUCGUCAAGCUCCGACGAUACCGACCUCGAAGAGCUGCUCCAGGACGACGACUUGGAGUCCACCAUGCUCCUCCUCUCCAUCAAGGACCUGGAGGAUCGCGCGAAGCUGCUGAAUCAGAGGUGCGGUUCCAUGUUCGGCCGGAACCACAUCCAGCGGAAUCGCCUCCUCGGCCACGAGAAGCUGAUGGAGGACUACUUCGCCGAGGUACCUACCUAUCCUGCCCAUCUGUUCCGUAGGAGGUAUUGCAUGCGGUGUAGCUUGUUCGUCCGAAUCGUGAAGGCCUGCGAAUUGCAUUCGAAUUACUUCAAGCAACGUAGGAAUGCCGCCGGGGUGAUGGGUUUCAGCGCUUUCCAAAAGAUCUCUACUUCCAUGAGGGUCAUUGCGUAUGGCAUCCCUGCGGAUUACACCGACGAGUAUCUUCGAAUUGGUGAAGAUACUACCACGAAGUUAGUCCGCAGGUUUGCUCGCAUGAUUAUCAAGUUGUACGGGCCUACGUAUCUCCAAGCUCCCAACGAGGAUGACACCAAACAGUUGAUAGAGAUAAAUGAGAAAAGUUGUUGGCCUGGCAUGCUUGGUAGUCUAGAUUGUACGCAUUGGACAUGGAAGAAUUGUCCAAUAGCAUGGCAUGGACAGUACUGUGGCAAGAGCAAAGAUGCAACCAUUGUCCUUGAGGCCGUAGCAUCACAAGAUUUGUGGAUUUGGCACUGUUUUUUGUUUGCCGGGGACACUCAAUGA